AUGGAGGCCUUCGAUGAGGAGCAGCAGGCUGAGUGGAAGCGCUUGAUGCUGGCUGUCACCUAUAAGGAGACCAUUGAUAAGCUGGUGCUGCAGCAGCGCUCGCAGCGCCUGAAUAUGCAAAAGCCGCCGGCCCGGCUGCCCGCCUCCUUGCGCAGGCUGCGCAGCUCCUCCAUUGGCCAGCAGGCGUUGCCUCAGCGCCUGCUGCUCACGGGCAAGAAGCUGCCGCGGCUGGAGUCCUUGCUGGGCGACACAGAUCUGGAUGACGUCCAGGUGGAUGAGCGUGUGCUGGAUGCCCUCAAAUAUGAACGAGAUUUGGACGCACUGCGCGCUUUUGUUAUGGCCGCCAACGAGCAGCUGUUCAUGACCCAGGAGGAGCUGGAGAGCGAAAAGCCCAGUCGCCUAGAGCUGGCGAUUAGUGACCUGAGCGGCAACAACAGCGAAGAGUCCGUGGCAAUGAAGGAGCUGCAGCGCUCCAAGGACGAGCAAAUUCAGCUCAAGGCUGAACUGGAGCAGCUGGAAAUCGACGGGGCGGCCAAGCUGAAGGAGAUGGAGGAACGCAUCGCCGAUGCCAAGUACAAUCUGAAGUGCGUCUCGCGGGUCAACGACUUGGAGUUCAGCCUGGUCGAGCGCUGGGAGGCGGCGCGCGUGACUCAGGCCCAGAUCUGGGGCGAGAAUGCCGAGCGAGCCUACCUGCGAGACAUACUCGACUACAAGCAGCGUCUGGCACGCGAGGAGCGCGUCGGCCAGGAGCUGAACGCCUUCCGCGGUCGCGAGCUGGCCGACCUGAGGGAGCGCAUUGAGCAUUGGCAGCAGCGCUAUGCCACUGAGAUGCGACGCGUUGAGCGCGAGACGGAGGCCUGGCAGCUCCGCAUCCUCGAGCAGAACAAGUUGCUGGCGCAUCAUCGCGAGCUGAACGCCCAGCACAGACAGUUCGUUGCUGAGUAUACAGCCAGGAAGGAGGAGGAGCAGCGGCUGCACGAUCUGGAGGUGCAUCGCAUUGAGUGCGCUGUCAGGCUGCAGGCCUGGUGGCGUGGCACCAUGGUGCGACGCGGCCUGGGUCCCUUCAAGAAGAAGCCGAAGCGCGGCAAGCGAUCCAAGCCCAAGAAGUAG